AUGGAGAAAAAAGAUGAUUUGCUGUUGUCAGAAGAGAGAAAGUUAAUCACCGACCGAGGAUUUUUGUUAGGAGUUGAGGUUGAGUUACGAAAAUUACCUCUUCCUCAACCUCGGGAGUUCCCAAACGGUUAUAAAUUAAAACUAGUUGCUUACAAUUUAGAAAAUCCCUCGGAAUUGGUUAGAAUUGAUAAUCAUUACGGGAAAUCUCCUCAUUAUCAUUCAAACGGCAAACAAAAAUUUUUUAUUUGGGUUUCAUUAGCGGAAACAGAAAGAUUAUUUUUACAACUCACCCAAGAAAAAUUUGGUAAUCUUGAUUGGAAUAUAAAUCUAAAAAAAAUAUUUUCUCAUUUAGAGAAAAGUAUUAAAACUGGUCGGAAGUAUAUUCAACCUAAAAAUGUUUCUAUCACUAAUAAUCUGGCAGUUAUUGACCGAAUAUUAAGUAAAACUCGGUUAGAACUUUUUUCAGUGAUAAGAGCCAAGCAACCUACUAAUAUUCAUGAAUUAAGUAAAUUACUUAAUCGUGAUUAUGCUAAUGUUUGA